GUUUUCGAUACGUGAUUCAUUUUCUUUUAUUUCAAUUUAAUCAAAUUUUUCAACAUAAAUGUGUCAACUUAGGUUUAUUUAGUAACUACAAACAUUCUGCUGCGUUGCAGCGACUUAUUGACAGCGUAGGUUAGAUUUUGUGUACAUAUUAGAAGUAGGGAAAAAGUAAGAUGACUCUCGCAGAAUUUUUUAGUUGUUCACUCUUGGCUUUCGGUCCUCCGCUGGUAAUGUUCGCGCUAACUGUGGCCAACGACCCUAUCCGCAUCAUCAUCAUGAUAGCUGCGGCAUUUGGUUGGCUGUUAUCAUUUUUACUUUCAUCUUUAGUGUGGUUUGCCGUAACGCCUUUACGUACAUAUUUGGCGUUUGGAAUGGUGUUUGCUAUAAUUUUCCAGGAGUUAUUCCGAUACGGUAUGUACGUCCUGCUCCGUAAGACUGAAACAGGACUAAGAGAGUUCUCUGAAAACCAGAACAUUGGUACCAAUAAGCUGGAGAUGGGUUAUGUGAGUGGCCUUGGAUUUGGAGCCAUGAGUGGAGCUUUUGCUCUAGUCAAUGUGUUAGCGGAUUCUAUUGGACCGGGCACACUAGGACUCACCAAGGGCAAUGAAUACUUUUUUGUUACAAGUGCUGCAAUGACAUUAUGCAUGAUCCUCCUUAAUACCUUCUGGAGUGUCAUAUUCUUUAACGGCCUCGAUGAAAAGAACCAUUUAAAGAUUGUUUGGGUAGUUGCAUCACAUUUCUUUGUUUCUGGUUUAAGUUUUCUCAACCGUAAUGAGUUAUAUGCAGCUACAAUUCUACCAUCUUAUAUUAUUUUAAUUAUCACAGCUGUUAUAGCAUUUAGAUGCGCAGGAGGUACGAGUAAAAGUUUUAUGCAAAGCUUUUCAGGACAGAAUGAGAUGGAGAUUAAUUAAACUUUGCAUUAAUUUUAAAUCAUAACAUUUCUAUUGUGAUAGCUCAAUUUGCCUGUAUUUGUUUAACAAAGCUUUGAUUGAUUAGCAUUAAAAUAAUAAUAAAUUCAGUUGUAAAGUAAGACAUAAUGAAAUCGUUAUUUAUUGUUGAUACUUUUGAAAAAUUGCAAAUGAUUUACAAAAAAUAUUACAAGGAUACAAUAAGAACACAUAAUAAUUUAGUUAACUUAUUUAAUGAUUAAAAGCUAGUGUAAGAUACAACAUUCCCUAUCCUAUUUUUUAUUUUACAUUGUUU